CAGCUCCCCUGUUUUUAGGGCAAAUGGGGGAGGAAGGGCCGCCGUGCUACCUCCCAGAGGUCGACGAGGAGGACGAGGUUUGUAUAGGAGAGCGAUGUUUCACUCGGCCGUACAGAUUCUAUGUACCUCCAGUUCACUACAAGCGCGUUCCAUCGCGGGAGUAUAGAUGGAAGCUGGGAGCGAAGAUCAGCCCCGCGAAUGGAUUUCUUGUCAAGUUCCAGCGCGCUCUUGCGUUUCCAGAUUGCUUGGGCUUGUCCGACGAUGCAAGAUGGCGAUGGCAGUGGUGUCCUCUCUCCCUUGUCUUGGGGAUCAAAGUGACGAAAGAGGACUGGAAAAAAGAGGACUGGAGAAUGGAUUCCUCGCGCACAUUUGCUUAUGCGAAGAUCAAGCCAAUGUCACUGUUUUGCGGGAAGCUAGCCCUGCGUCCUGUCGUCGAGCUUUUUCCCGUGCCUGCGCUGAGCAUAACGAGAACGUUUGAUGCUGGUGGUGGCGAAGCGAAACUAUGCGCAAGCGUAGAGGUUAAUGGCUCACUUGGACCUCAAUGGAGAUUAAAGCUCGACUGGCAAGCUGCAAAUCUGUUUAGAGUAUUAGUUCAACAAGGAGAGGAUGUUUUAUCAAUCCAGUACUCGAAGCGGAUCAAAAUCUCAAAGACAUGUCAAGCGGUUGCUACUGGAGAAUUAGAUGUUCCAUCAAAUGCGUUUUGUGGAAAUUUGGCAACCAGCUUGCCGGCUCGACUAAAAAUCGCUUCUAUCAAACUGUCGCAAAUCUUAAGCAAGCGGACAAAAAGGCACAAAGUACUACCUACGUCUACGUACCUCAAAUCCUCGCGUGAAAUCGGUAAGAGUGACCGAAUCACAGUCGUUCCAGGUCAUUGGAUAGAUCCUGGAUAUGAACCUGGUGCUCCUGGCGAGCGGGAAUUCAACCUUGAUGUCGUCAAUGUCUUGGAGCGACAACUUCGCCGAAAUGGCUGGCAAGUUUUACGUCCUGAUCGCGACGCUCCAAACCUCUCCUGGGAGGAGUAUUUGAAUUGGGUGUCUAGACAGAGUUUGAAGGGAACGCCAGUUCUAGAGAUUCACGGACAGGGAUCGAAUGCUGAUUAUAGAGGCUUUGUGCUUGGAGUAAUUGGCGACCCGGAAACACCUUUGGGUCGGGAACUUUCCAAGGACUUUGGAAUUUUUGACAUGGACUGGUCGGAUCUUGCGGUGCCCUGUCGCGGCGGGAUAAUCCUCGAGAGCUUCAACUCGGACGAGGUUUUGGAAAUGGCACCUUGGCAUCGAGCUUGCGCUGUGAGGAGACUCGCCAACAGGAUCAUAACUUGCAUCGAGCGAGCGAGCUACGCGAAUCGAGGCGCUCGAGGGAUGAUCCACGAGACCCGGACGGACGGCGGCGAUGUGAGCACAUUAGAAUAUCCGGAAAUUUAAAAACGAAUAGUUUAGAGAAGCUCCAGCGCUAGAAAGAUCGAUCCAUGAAUAACAUAUCCUUGACGAGAACAACA